UGUUGCCCUGGGGCCGGGAGUGACGUUGCUUGACCUCCGCGGACGUGCUUGGGAUGGACUUCCGGGUUAUAAUGGCGGCGCCCCGGGCCGUGGCCGGAAGAUGCCGCUUGUGGUGCUGUGCGGGCUGCCGGGCAGCGGCAAGAGCCGCCGGGCCGAGGAGCUGCGGGGGGCGCUGAGCGGGGAGGAGCGGCCGGUGCACGUGGUGGCGGAGGCGGUGGGGGGCCGCGCGGCGUUGCGGGCCGAGGUGGAGCGGCGGCUGAGCCGGCGGGACGUGGUGAUCGUCGACGCGGGGAACGAGCUGAAGAGCUUCCGCUACGAGCUCUACUGCGUGACCAAGCACGCGGGCACGCCGCAUUGCCUGCUGCACUGCGCGGGGGGCGCCCCGCACCCGUCCGCGGGCCCCUUCGAGACCCCGGACUCGCGGAACCGCUGGGACCGGCCCCUCUUCACCGUGCACGGGCAGGAGCCGCUGCCGCUGGCGGAGAUCCGCGCCGCCCUCUUCGAGAGCAGGCCGCCCCCGCCCAACCAGUCCACCCGCUCGCAGCCCCUGCAGUCCGCCGGCUUCCUCCACCAGCUGGACCGGGUCACCCAGGAAGUGCUGGCUGCCGUGCUGGCUGCCCAGAGGAGCGGGGCCCAGCCUGGGGAGCUGAUCCAGGUGUCUGGGGCCAGCGAAGGGCUGGUGCUGAACCGGCCCCUGGGCAUGGCGGAGCUGAGUCGGCUCCGCAGGCAGUUCAUCAGCUACACCAAAAUGCACCCCAGUGAGGAGAACCUGCCCCAGCUGGCCAACAUGUUCCUGCAGUACCUGAGCCGCAGCAUCCAGUGACCCCUGUAGUCUCCACAGUCCAGCGUCUGAACAGGAGGGCUGGUUAAUGGGGUACAGUCACUGAGAGCCUCCACACACCUCAAAAUAAGAGUCUGUGCCAAUAGGAAGUUGGCUCUCCCUAGUCAUUGUUCUCCAGUGCCUGGACCAGGAAUCUGUGCUGAUAGACCGGUGGAGGGCCCUGCAUUACCCAUCAUCAGAGCAAGAGUAUCCAGCCAGAGUGGGUGUGGGAAACCAGCUGUGGUGGUCCAUGAUAUCUGCUAACAGGAGUUGUGGGUGUGCGCACACCCACCACUCCCCCCCAGUAGCAGACUCAGCAUCUGAGUAGGAAUGCCUGACCAAGGCAGUUAGCCAUCAGGUCCUCAGGCAUCCAAAAAGUCUACUAAUGGGAGCUAUGGAGAUCCAAACCCCAGUAACUAUAUCAUCUCUGCAGUGUCCAAAGAGAAAUGCUACAGGGGAGCUGAUCUCUCAUGCCGCUGCAGCAUCUUGAGGAAGAACAAUCUUUCGUCUGGGUUUUAUCUAAAUAAGGCAAGGAUAAGAUGUAUACAUCAAACUGUACAAAGGAGGCCUUGCUGCUCCAGGAUUGGGACUUGCAGCCUUUUUAAAAACUGCUGGUGUUUUCAAAAGUUUUUCUGAACCCAGGAAAUUAAUCUUCAAAAUUUGGACAGUGGAAACAUGCUUACUUAGUGAACUCAAAUGUCUGUUUCUUUUUUUUUGUUUGUUUUGUUUAAAUCCUGUGCCUGGGAUGGAAUGAAAUAUUGAAUUUACUUUCAAAACAAUUAUUUCAGCAACUUUCUGUGGCUUCCUUUCCAAAGUCAUUAGUAGAUCCUGGGCUAAAUACUCUAAUUGUUCAGUUAACAGUAGGUGCUCUCACAAUGAGGAUGAUCUGAAUUGUACUUCGUUAUUACAGUAUCUGAUCUGAUUGCGUACAGCCCUUGGAACUCUUUUUAUGUGCCUUAACUAAGAGAUUAUAUGGAGAGUUAGUACAUGGCAAGUGGGGUGUAAAUCUACAUUCUGUAGCGUGCUUCCCAGUAACUGCAUGCACCUCCCACUGUGCACUAAAAUUUCCUUAGUGCUCUGUGAAUAGUAGUAGGUCAAAGCACACUAGGUAAUUUUUAGUGAGCACCAGCAUGGGCCACACAGUUAGUGCAUGAUAUACUAGAGUGCUGUAGAUUUACACCCCAGCUUGCCAUGCACUAAUUCCCCUUUAUAGACAUCCCUGCUUCCUACCUCAGCUUUGGAUCCUGUCCUUCUGUUCAACCCUAAUCUUAGUAUGAACCCUCUCCCUGCAUAUGCUUACUGCUUCUCUUUGCCUUUUGAGGAAGGCUUCCCUCACUGUUAAACAUUCAUUUCUUUGUCUGGAAUGAUGGGAUAAAGUGGAGGGGGUCACUUCAGUGAGUACAAAAGUCCAUACACUCUGACUACCUAAUAAUAUCUACCAGUCAGUACAUGGAUUUGUAUAUUGUGAGAUUGAAAAAUGGCUAUAGCUGCUAUGUAAAGAGACCCCACUUUGCCCCCUUUGGGAAGUUAAAUGGAAAAGAAUAAAAGCUGGGAAAUGUGUGGUCAAAAGCUGUAAAACAUUUCUGAGAUCUGAUUUGCUGAGAAUUGUAUUUUAGUAAUUAUAAACCCUUCAGUUUAAAAUCUGUCUAGAUAAUCUUGCCCUUGAUAGUAGAGUGUAGUACUAGAUCAGGUGCUGGCUGGCUGGAAUGUGUUCUCUUAAAUGGGAAUCAUUGAUACUGUUAUAACUUCAGUAUAUCUUUUGGAUAAAUCUAUGACCCUACUGCUGAAGAAAAUUAAAGAGCAAAAUCAUGCUGGGCUACAUGAAAGAAAUCCGUGGAGGUGUAAUGUUCUGUUUUCUCAACGUCCCUUGGUAUGUUUGACGUUCUAAUAUUAGUUUGGGCAGGAAAAUGUGUGCCCAUGUUCUGUGUAUGCUACAGAGAAGCAGCGUCUAUGCUGAUAAUAUAUUUCUGUGGUUAAAAUUGGAAUUGACCAUAUAUGCUUCUCUUAGCACAAUUUCCUCCCUUUCUUGGUACUCAGGACUAUAAUUGGUUAUAACUGGAAGGACACUUCCAUUCAUACCUCUCAUUCUUUUCUAUAAAUUUAGGUAAUUCAGUGCCAUCAUCCACUGCAAGGUUGAACAAUAUAAUGAAAGGAACAAUCUAGUUUCAAUUGACUCAAGCAUUCGCUCUACCACCACUGCCCUCAGAAGACUUUUACAGUUUAAUAAGCUUAAUUGGCAAAAAUCCCAUACCACACUCCUCUAACAUCCUGGCUAUUUGCCUGCAUCUAUUGUGUUCUUUCUCUGGUGCCAGAUUGCCUUCUGUGUUCUCCAUGUAUCAGCUGUCCCUGCAAAGAUACUGCUACUUUUUACAUGGGGGCAUUUCUUGGCCCACAUCCCUCUGGCUGCAGCAGCCUCUGGCCCUGUGAAGGGGUUUGGGAUCUAUCUUACUAAAGGUGUGUGGCCAUUGUGAUGUGGCUUUAAAAAUCCUCCUGUUACAUUUUUCCUUUUACAUGCCACUCUCUUGUUAGAAAAAGACUAUAAGUUGCAAAGAGAGACAGUCAAGUAAAAAAAAAUCUGAGGUGUGAGGUGGAAAAAAAGCUUAAUGUAUCACCUCUCUGCAGAACGUUUUGUCCUGUCUUCAAGUAUCCCAGCUGAUGGUGUGCACUACUUCCUUUUAAGAGAUUAUUUCCACAGUUUAAUGUGUCUAACUGAUGGAGUUCCCUUCCCCCCCCCCCCAUGUUCAGAUACAUUUUCCUUUUCUUCAUCAUAUUAUUCCUAGUUAUAAUCCCAUACUUUCUUGCUUAGUUUUUUCUCCUUAUGCAAACAAGAUCUGGCUAACCCUAUACAGCUGAUUGACUUGAAUGACUGUUUUUUUUUUUAAACAGUUUUUAUAAUAUUCCCUUGCAGUGUUAACAGGCCAAAGGUUAUAGCAUUUUGCUGUUUGCAUGAAAACCUGAAAGUGAUUAUAAAUAAACAUGAAACUCAUGAUACAUAUGAAAGUAUAUCAUCCAAAUGGAGAUACCUACAGCAAAUGAACAACAUGAGUGAAAUCUUGGCCCUGACUGAAGUAAUGAGCAGUAAAUUGAUCUUCUGAAAUUCUUAUUUUUAAUGUAAGAUGUCAAAAAAUGCUAUGUAAAAUUUGUUUAAAAAAUUUGACUCCACCUUAUAGUGACCCCCCCCUGUACAUUUUUCCAUAACAUUUUGUUUUCAAGAAAACAAAGGCGGUAUUUACUUUUAUUUUCACUAGCCAGUAAACUUACCUCCAUCAAAGCUGUUUUGAACUACCGUGAUCCAUAUUUAAUUAAAAACUUCAUUCAGUGUAACUUUUUACUCUUGUUACUCAAUCACAAUCUGUCAAAAAUGACAUAUGUAGCGGCCCUUUCCUAUGUUCUUCACAGCAUGAUAUGAAAUAUAUGUAGCUAGAAAUCUAGUUACUACACCAGGCAUGUUCCCUCCCUCCCUCAGGCUAACACUUUCAGGUUCUGUCUAGAAUGGCUUCAUAUUCCUAUAUCCAAAACACCGUAAAAAAAACAACAACUUGGUGACUUAAAAUGGAAGUCAAGGCUUAGCUGAUAUACAAAUCUUGGGGGAAAUAUUGUUUGGCUGUGUAUUUAAAAAAAAACAACCCCAAAAAACUAGUUUAUUGAAAUAAUCCAUUCCAAUCAAAUCACAUGUUUAUCAAUUCUACCUGUAAUCCUGCCGUUUUCUGAUCAUGUGUUAAAAUAUAUUUCUGAAUUAGCAGUAUGUUAGACCAGGUCAAUUUCAUACUUCCCAAACUGAAGAAAAUAAAGACCUAAACCCCCAAAAGUCUACCCUAGAGACGGCAGCUUUCUAGCGCGGAUGAAUCUUGCUUUGUGGAAAGUGCUAUAUAACUGUGAGAUGUUAGUGAAGAAGCAGGAGUCCUUUCUAGGACAAGAUUUUAGAAGAACUUGUUUGCUUGGAGUUAAUUUAUGAACAGGUGGUAUCUCUGUAUACAGAAUUAGUAGGACCUUUACUGAAACCCUGUGUCCACUCUUUGGAAAGGGUUCAGAAAAGACCUACUAGAAUGAUUUGAUGUCUGGAAAACCUGCCUCACAGGGAAAGACUUAAGAAACUCUAUUUAGCUUAUCCAAGAGAAGGUUAAGAGGUGACUUGAUCAUUGUCUACAAGUACCUGCAUGGGGAAGAGAUUUCUGAUAGUACAUGACUAAUCUAGCAGACAAAGGUAUAAAAAGAUCUAGUGAUUUGCAACUGAAGCUAGGCAAAUUCAGACUAGAAAUAAAGUGUAAAUUUCAAACAGUUAAAUAAGUAUUAGAACAACUUGUAUGGGGAUACAAUGGGUUCUCAAUUACUUGAAGUCUUUAAAUGACUGAGAUGUCUUUCUAAAAGAUAUACUAUAGCUCAAAUUGAAGUUAGGGGCUUGAUUCAGAAAUUAGUGGGUGUGGCUCUGUGACCUGUGUUACGUAGGAUGAAAUAGACUGGAUCAUAAUGGUCCCUUCUGGCUUUAAAAUCUACAGAUAUAGUAGAAUAACAUUUACUUUUUCUUGGGAGUCUUGUUUAAUAAUAAGUAUACAUGAAGGAACUAGCAAAUCAGUAUUUGGACUCUUCCUUUGCAGAAAGUUUCAACAAAAACUUCUAGUAGUUGAUUGUUUAAAAUAGGGGUUCCCUCAAUGUCCUUCAUAUGAGCCCACAUCCUGCAGCUCUCCACAUUUCCUCCUCAAGUGGGCCCCAAGAUACUUUUGGUGAUUCCCAACGUGCUUCAUAGAAAGGAGUAUGAAAAUCAACACAGUGGUUUAUGGAAUGUUUCUGAUGGAGUAUUGCUGCUUCAUCAGACAGUCUAGAGCAGGGGUAGGCAACCUAUGGCAUGGGUGCUGAAGGUGGCAUGCGAGCUGAUUUUCAG